AUGCACAAUGUUUUUUAUUUAAUUAAAUUAUUUACAAUUUAUAAACAGCAGAACAGUGAAGACUAUGUGGUUAGUAAACUUGCUUUGUAUGAAGAGUAUUGGAAAUUUAUGUGUAGAGAAUGCUUCUCUUUUUAUAUUCCUAUAAUUAACUGUGAUACAUUUUUAGAAAAAGAUUGUUUUAGAAUAAUUUGUAAAAUGUGCAAGAAAAAUACUGUUAUUAAAAUAUUAGAGAAAUGA